CCCUCUCUCUCUCUCUCUCUCUCUCUCUCUCUCUUUAUCCCUCGGCUCCCCUCUUGGACGAUGUCACUGAACAUGUCUCAAUCCCUAAGCUUCCUCAACACAACCAUGUCUGCAUGCCCUCUUCGGCACCACGCCUUUAAACCCACCUCACUGCACCCAAGCACCACCACCACCACCACCAGAACACAAGUAUCCUGCCGACUGAACAACUCCGGGCGAGAUAACAAAAGCUCAUCACGCUUUAUCAUGGACCUGAGCGACACGCUCGUCGCCCUUAAAAGCCUCUACGGAGCCACCGGAGGCAUGCCGGGCAGUGCUGGAGCAUUCAUGCCAACCCACCUAUUCGGCAAGACAUACAACGAAGCAACCGACUUUCAGAUCACAAAGGUCGACCUUGGCUCUGAUCUUUUCAAACACUUUCCACCAUACGAAGGCACUGAUGUCAAGAUCACCGACUACAAGUUUCCAAAAACGCCACCUCGCGUACGGCGACAAGCGCAUGUGGUGGCUAAUGAUUCUGAGUACAUGGAGAAGUAUAAGACGGCUGUUCAGAAGAUGAAAUACUUGCCUGGUGAUGACCCGUUUAACUUUUACCAGCAGGCUAAGAUCCAUUUGGAUUCUCCCAACGACGCAUUUCACCAGAUGGACAAGAGCUGGAUCUUUCUUUCAGGGCAGAGGUACUACCUCUAUUUCUAUGAGCUUGUUCUUGGAAAGCUCGUUGGAGAUGAGACCUUUGCUUUGCCUUACUGGAAUUUUGAUCACGUGGAUGGUAUGGCCUUGCCUUCCAUUUUCGUUAAUGAGGCGUUCCCCUUGGAUAAUGCUGGUGGUGAAAUGGGGAGCUUCUUCUCUAGUGGCCGUGAUGAAAUGUUCUAUGGCCUCCACGCCAACAUCGACAGGAUGUGGGACGUGUGGCGUAAGAAGUAUCAUACAACUCCUCACAUCGACUUCAGGGAUCCUGACUGGAUGGAUGUCGUCUUCUACUUUUACGACGUGGACGGGCAAGUUGUCAGAGUCAAGUCUGGAGAGCAUCUGGACACGAUGAAGUUUGGUUACACAUACGCGUAAUUAAUCAUCUGCUCCGUGGCGGACUCUGUGAAUGGUUAAAUGUUUCCUCUCCGUUUAGAAACGAAUGGGGAAGGGUUUGGUUAUAUUAGUAUGAAUAAGCAGUGAAUUAUCGGUGAGCCAAUGCACUGUGGUGGCUGAUUCCUGCUUAUGGUUGUGAUCUGUACUUGUAUCUGUUUGUCUGGGUGCUUUGAUCUCUUGAUUUUAUCUGUCUUUUGUGUUAGUCAUCGAUCUAUAUAUCUAUUUGUUUAUUUAAUGUUAAUGUACUUUGGAAUUUAA